AUGGCACCAGGAAACGAUCUUUGCUUUGAAAUCCGUCGCAAGAAGACCCAUUUGUUUAUCGAAAUCAAAGAAACCAGCCGCCUUGGUGAUUUAAAAGAAAUGAUCGCUAGAAUUCUUUCGGUGGCUGUGGGUGAGCAAACCUUAUAUAAAGUAGAAGAAGAUGGUCGGCAAAUUCUUCUUCAAGAUGACGCGAUAUAUUUGGUCGAUUAUGGUUUUAAUGAAAGAAACUGCCAGCCACACGAGCCUGCUAUUAUUGGAUUGAAGUUGGUUGAAGAUGAGCGGCUGGUCAUUGAAGGCAUGUCUGAUCCACCAGCAUUACGAGAGCUUCGAGGUGGAUCCGAUCGAAACAACAUCCCAAGAGAAUAA